CUAGUUGGUCUACGCGUACUCACUCAGACUCUGCUCUGUGUUUUGCUUCAAUUCCUCUUUUCUUUUAGUCGUCGUCUUGCGCGAUGACGAACACACAUGCUAUCGAUGCAUCAGCUACGCCCGACGAGCGACGCGGUUUACUCUCGAGUGUCGACGACAUAGACGCCGUGCAACUUAACCUCGAGGAGCAACCCACUGCUCCUGCACCCUUGCGCAAACGCAAGCUCUUGACAGGAUUCAGUGUUCUACUCUCGCUCGUCCUCGCUGGCACCCUCUUUGAAUUAUGGCCUCGCCCUCGGCAUGACACCAGAACAGGGAGGGACACAUUGUACUCGAAUGGAACACAUGAGUUCAAGAAGACAGUACUUAUGGUGUCCAUCGAUGGUCUUCGUGCAGAUUACUUGGAUCGUGGACUCACGCCGCAUUUGUUGGAUAUCAGUCGGGAAGGUGUGAGAGCAAAGUACAUGAAGCCUGUUUUCCCUACUCUGACGUUCCCAAAUCACUGGUCACUGAUGACUGGCCUCUACGCCGAGUCGCACGGCAUCAUUGCAAAUAAUUUCUGGGACCCCGUUUUCCAAGAUACGUUCCAUUACUCUCGUGUUGAAUCCGCGCAGAACCCGAGCUGGUGGCUCGGUGAACCUAUGUGGGAAACUGCUGAGCGUGCAGGGAUCAUCACCGGAAAUCUCAUGUGGCCUGGUCCUUGGUCUACGUCCUCGGGCGCGAAUUCUACAUAUUUCUUACCUUGGGAGAAUGACUACCCACUCGAGACGAAACUCUCCAAACUCCUAGAGUGGAUUGAUCUCCCGCUGGAAGAGCGGCCACAGCUUAUCCUUGGGUACGAACCAUCGCUAGACCAAGCUGGUCAUGCAACAGGGCCAAUGUCCGGGGCCGUCAAUAUGAGUCUCGCAGCUGUCGAUCUUUUCGCUCGGAACCUCACCCAAGCGCUAGGCGAGCGCAACCUCACGCAUAUCGUUGAUAUCAUCUUCGUCAGCGACCACGGGAUGACAGACACAAGUCACCCAACUUGGGUGUAUGUCGACGAGAUUAUUGGUCAGCCAUGGAAAGGUGUUACCAAGGUGGAUGGUUGGCCAUCUAUGGGCCUACGCUUCGCUCCGGGCACGAACGUGACCGAGGCCCUUGAGCGUCUGUGCGAGUAUACGCUUGCCCACCCUGAUCAGUUCGAUGUAUUUACGUCUGAGAGCUUCCCCACCGACCCUGGCACUUCCUUGGUGGACCUCAACGCAUUCAACUACGGUAAGAUGUCUGCAGGCAAAGUGGAGCCUAUGCCCGAGCGAUACCAUUUCUCCGCCAACUACCGCAUUGCCCCUGUGUGGAUUGUCCCUCGCAUAGGCUAUGCGCUGACUGACCGCGCAGACGGCGAGGACGGAAUGUCGACUGGGAACCACGGCUACGACAACGAGGACCCCUCGAUGCAUGCCAUCUUCGUCGCACACGGACCUUUCUCGCAGGGUGCGAAGGCUGCUGUCAGCGCGCGAGGAGAGUGCCAGAGCAAUGGAGACUACGUGAUGCCAGGGUUCCAGAAUGUCGAGAUUUACAACCUCGUGAUGCGAUUACUGGGCCUCGACGCUACAGACGCAGCCAUAACAAAUGGGACUGUUGGAUUCUGGGAUCCGUUUGUGUUACCAGAUGCGUGAACUUCAUACGUUUUUGAAGUCUGGGGUGCUUUGCAUGCUUGAGAGCUAUUAUUACUCAUGCCUAGAGUAUCGUAGGAUAUAACUUCUUAGAUGUCUUGUCCAUACAUCAUAUUUGCUAUUCUCCAGUAACUAAGUCUGUUUAAUUACACGUUUAGUUCUCUUGGGGGUCUGUGAGACCUUGGGCCGCCUCAGUUAACUUGAAUGAGCGCCGGUCCUAUAACCUCCUCUU